AUGCAGCUGGUUGUACAGGAUGCGUGCCGUUGUUCUCAGCAGCGGCAGCAGCAGCAGCGGCCGUCUUGUGAACAGGAUCUUGUUCUCGACACAUCUGGUGCAAGGGACCAUCCAAGGGACCAUCCAAGGAACCACCCAAGGAACCAUCCAAGGAACCAACCAAGGACCAUCCAAGGAACCAACCAAGGACCAUCCAAGGAACCAACCAAGGACCAUCCAAGGAACCAACCAAGGACCAUCCAAGGAACCAACCAAGGAACCAUCCAAGGAACCAACCAAGAACCAUCCAAGGAACCAACCAAGGACCAUCCAAGGAACCAACCAAGGACCAUCCAAGGAACCAACCAAGGAACCAUCCAAGGAACCAACCAAGGACCAUCCAAGGAACCAACCAAGGACCAUCCAAGGAACCAACCAAGGACCAUCCAAGGAACCAACCAAGGACCAUCCAAGGAACCAACCAAGGAACCAUCCAAGGAACCAACCAAGGAACCAACCAAGGAACCAUCCAAGGAACCAACCAAGGACCAUCCAAGGAACCAACCAAGGACCAUCCAAGGAACCAACCAAGGACCAUCCAAGGAACCAUCCAAGGAACCAACCAAGGACCCAUCCAAGGAACCAACCAAGGAACCAUCCAAGGAACCAACCAAGGAACCAUCCAAGGAACCAACCAAGGAACCACCCAAGGAACCAUCCAAGGAACCAUCCAAGGAACCAACCAAGGAACCAACCAAGGAACCAACCAAGAAACCAACCAAGGAACCAACCAAGGAACCAACCAAGGAACCAACCAAGAAACCAACCAAGGAACCAUCCAAGGAACCACCCAAGGAACCAUCCAAGGAACCAUCCAAGGAACCAACCAAGGAACCAUCCAAGGAACCACCCAAGGAACCACCCAAGGAACCAACCAAGGAACCAUCCAAGGAACCAACCAAGGAACCACCCAAGGAACCAACCAAAGAACCAUCCAAGGAACCAACCAAGAUUUUUGUGGUUCUAAGAAGCCAAUCAUUACAGCCUAAAGUGUUUUACGUGACACAUGUGUCACGCAACCAUGUGGCACAUGUGUCAACCAACUACGUGACACAUGUGUCACCCAACUACGUGACACAUGUGUCAACCAACUACGUGACACAUGUGUCACCCAACUACGUGACACAUGUGUCAACCAACUACGUGACACAUGUGUCAACCAACUACGUGACACAUGUGUCAACCAACUACGUUACACAUGUGUCAACCAACUACGUGACACAUGUGUCACACAACCACGUGACACAUGUGUCAUUCAACCACGUGACACAUGUGUCAACCAACUACGUGACACAUGUGUCAACCAACUACGUGACAAGGCACAAAUAUAACGAUUAA